CGAAGUUUAUGUUUACUUUCGUUUUAACUUUACUUUACUACUGAGACAGUCUAGAAGAUGCCGAAAAGGGACAGAAAAAGUGAGGAAGAUUGGGAAAAGGUGAAGGCAGUUGUGAAUAAGAUGUUGGACAGAGGGGAUACUAUUGUAUCUAUAAUGAUUAACAAAGAUUCAAAAACAGUUGAGUUUUGUGGUCCUGACCACAUGAAAGGCUUUGGGCAAAGGAUUGCCAAUGAUUUUGUCCAGGCUGCAACAAAGAUAGAAGUCUGUGCACCCUCAAUAAAUUUAGGAGUGGCAACCAUGGAUAUAGACAAUGCCAAUACACAUAACAUAAGGAAGGUGAUGGCAGAUAUUGUCAACACAGAUGGUAAGUUUUAGAUAGUUGUAGUGUUUUGAUCAUGUUUGUUACAGUUAUUUAUCAAAUUUAGGAUGUUACCAUUUCUACAUGCAAUAAUGAGUUUUUAAAAAGGCAGACAC